GUGAGCACUUGGAGCCCAGUCUCUCACUGACCUGCUUCCAUGAGAGCUCGCGUCCUACCUGAAAACGAUGAGUCUUGUGUGGAGGCGAGCGCAGAGAGCACUGUGCCUGGAGAUGUUCUCUCCCAGAAUCCUCAAGACGCGUCCCUCUCUGAGCCUAGGUGUUUCCUGGCCAUCUGUAACCAAGCUUGGUCUUCACACAAAACCUAGAAUGCCUCCAUGUGACUUCUCACCUGAAAGAUACCAGUCCCUUGCCUAUGACCACGUGCUGGAGACCCAUAGGCAACAUCUUUCUCCUGUGGUGACAGCAUAUUUCCAGAAGCCCCUGCUGCUCCACCAGGGACACAUGGAAUGGUUAUUCGAUUCUGAGGGAAACAGAUACCUGGAUUUCUUUUCCGGGAUUGCCACUGUCAGUGUUGGCCACUGCCAUCCGAAGUUAAACGCUGUGGCACAGAAGCAGCUUGGACGCCUGUGGCACACAAGUUCUGUCUUCUUCCACCCUCCAAUACACAAAUACGCAGAGGAGCUUGCGGCCCUGCUUCCUGAGCCCCUAAAGGUCAUUUUCUUGGUGAACAGUGGCUCAGAGGCCAAUGAUCUGGCCAUGCUGAUGGCCAGAGCACACUCAAAGAACUCAGACAUCAUUUCUUUCAGAGGAGCCUACCAUGGAUGCAGUCCACAUACACUUGGCUUGACAAAUAUAAGGACCUUCAAGAUGAAACUCCUCAGUGGAAUGGGUUGCCAAUCGACAAUGUGCCCAGAUGUUUUCCAUGGCCCUUGGGGAGGAAGUCACUGUCGAGAUUCCCCUGUGCAAACAAUUAGGACAUGCAGCUGUGCACCAGACUGCUGCCAAGCUAAAGACCAGUAUAUUGAACAGUUCAAAGAUACUCUGAACACUUCUGUGGCCUCAUCAAUUGCUGGAUUUUUUGCAGAGCCAAUUCAAGGUGUGAAUGGUGUUGUCCAGUACCCAAAAGGGUUUCUAAAGGAAGCCUUUGAGUUAGUGCGAGAGAGAGGAGGCGUAUGUAUUGCAGAUGAAGUACAGACUGGAUUUGGAAGGUUGGGCUCUCACUUCUGGGGCUUCCAAUCCCAUGAAGUUCUACCUGACAUUGUCACCAUGGCUAAAGGGAUUGGUAAUGGCUUUCCUAUGGCAGCAGUUGUGACCACUCAAGAAAUUGCCAAGUCACUGGCUAAAUGUUUGCUUCAUUUCAACACCUUUGGAGGGAACCCCAUGGCCUGUGCCAUCGGCUCUGCUGUGCUUGAGGUGAUUAAAGAAGAAAAAACACAGGAAAACAGUCAAGAAGUUGGCACCUACAUACUACUGAAGCUUGCUAAGCUGAGGGAUGAGUUUGACAUUGUUGGAGAUGUACGCGGCAAAGGCCUCAUGAUAGGGAUCGAAAUGGUGCAGGAUAAGAUGAGCCGCCGACCUCUUCCUCAAGAAGAAGUAAAUCAAAUCCACGAGGACUGCAAAGACAUGGGCCUCCUGUUGGGCAGAGGUGGCAUUUUUUCUCAGACCUUCCGCGUAGUGCCUCCCAUGUGCAUCACUAAGCCAGAAGCUGAUUUUGCAGUGGAAGUAUUUCGUUCUGCCUUAAUCCAACACAUGGAGAGAAGAGCUAAGUAACAUGUUCAGAAAUAAUAAAUCACAAGCCUCAAGAAUUCCUACUUAUGUGCAAGGAUGAUUCUGACCAGGUUCAGAACUGCUGAUGCUUGAAUAAAACCUGCAGCCCUGCAGCCUCAUUGUGCAAGA